UGAAAACACUAAAUAAAAUAGUGAAAUAAACAGAAAGUGUGAAAUAAGAAAAUUAACAAUUACCCUAAAAAGGUCAAGAAGAUAAAAGGAAAGUCAUUAAGAAAAGUGAUCGUGUCUUGUGAAUAUGUUGAGAACACCUACCACACACAUUGUGGAACUUGGUACAAAUACGAAAACUCCAUUGAUAAAAAAAAUUCAUUCAGGAGGACCAAAUUCCAACAGCAACAAACACAACAAAAACAACAAUAAUAAUAAAUUCUUCACAAAACAACAACUACAAACAUCAUGUAAAUUAUAUUGUGAUAGUGAUCAUCACUUUUAUCAAACGGAAUAUCAGUUUCCAUCAACAAAGAAAACAACUACAGAUAUUCAAAAAGAACCUCAAACAACAACAAAAAGUGCGAGCAUAUUGUCGUUAACACCUUUUGCAUUUAUGCGUAUAAGAAAAUCAAAGACAACAACAACCACAACGACAACAACGAAAGCAACAGAAGAAGAUAAAAUAAAUAACGAAAAUAAUAUAAUUUUUUGUUGUGAUAACAAGAUAACAACAACAACAUCUACAGCAUCUUCGCGUACAACACUUGUCGCCUUGACAAAUACUCAAAAUUUUAGCAAUAAUAUAUCUCCUUCAAAUUUUAACGAUAAUAAUAACAAAAAUACUAAUAACAAUAAUAAUAAUAAUAAUAAUAAUAAUAAUCUUAGCAAAAAUAUAAGUAGUUUUAUAACAAAAAAACGAAAGACAAAAAAGUCUGCAGCAGCAACAAAGUUGUCAUCGCUUGAAACGUCUUUGUCAUCAUCUUCAUCAUCGUUAUCAUUAUCAUCGUCAUCCACAAUAGCAUCAAUAUCAGUUGGCUUGAAGGAAAGUGAAAAUGUUGUUGCGACAGCAGCAACAACAACAAUUACACCAACCAAAAUAUUAUCACCAAAAGUAACAACAAUUCGCACCAACAGCACAACCAACACCACAACCAAAUCAUCAAUGUCACCAACAUCGCAAACACCGUCAAGAACAUCGUUAUUCGAUUCUUGCCAUAGAAAAAUACGCUUAAUAGGAGGUGGGCCAGUUGCCUUUUUGGGCGGAUUAGUAGCAAAAGCUCGUCGCAAAGAGCGUGAUGGUGAUCAAAACUCAACAGAUACCAAAUUAUAUUUGGAGGAGAGCGUUCUAGAACGUAAACUACCUGAAGCAGAUCUCAAAGCCUUAGUUGAUCUUCCAGCUGGCUUAGAUUAUAAUGAAUGGCUAGCUUCACAUACUCUUGCCCUAUUUGAACAUGUAAAUUUGGUAUAUGGAACUAUUAGUGAAUUUUGUACGCCACCUGGUUGUCCAGAUAUGACAGGACCAGGCAACAGAACGUACUUAUGGUUCGAUGAAAAAGGCAAAAAGACGCGUGUGGCCGCUCCACAAUAUAUCGACUACGUAAUGACAUUUACACAGAAAACGGUCAGUGACGAGUCGAUAUUUCCAACCAAAUAUGCCAACGAAUUUCCCAGUUCGUUUGAAUCGAUUGCCCGAAAAAUUCUACGCUUGCAAUUUCAUGUGAUAGCUCAUCUGUAUGCGGCGCAUUUCAGAGAAAUUGCGUUGCUAGGACUGCAUACCCACUUAAAUUUGACAUUUGCGCAUCUGACAGCGCUGCAUCGGCGAUUUAAUUUAAUCGAUGAGAAAGAAACAGAUGUUUUAAGAGAUUUAGAAGUGGCGUUACGCCUAACAGACGACAGUCAAACGGAUACGGAUAGCGUGUCCAAUAGUUCGACAACACACUGCAAUAACACAACGCAACAAUUACAAAACCAAAACCAUGCAACUACAAUCACCAAUACACAGUAUAUAACAAAUAGUAACAGCGAUGGUGGUGGUUCAAAAGAAGAUGUCAAUUUAAUGCAAAACACCUCAGCAACUACAACUGCUGUUGGUACAAAUAAUGCAACAAUUAUUGAUGGCGAUGCUGCAGCGCCACCUAUUUGCACACAACCUGAAGCAGCAACAAAAUCCACAACAACUGCCGCUGUUUUCGGCGGUGGUGGUGGCCUUAUCGGUGGUAUAUUAGGCGAUUUAACAAGCGGUGAAUUCGGUGAUACUACACGAUAUUGCACAUCGGCGGUUCCUUCAUCAAGCUCCUGCAAUACAACAGAAGCGACCACAAAUAGUAAUAAUGGCGGCGCGGGCGCUUUACAUUUUAAUUUUACAAAUAACAACAAUAAUCAUCAUCACCAUCAUCUGCAUCAUCAUCAUCAUAAUGCACAUCAUCAGCACCAUUUACUACAGCAGCAACAUACGCAAAACAGUGGCCUCAUACAGUGCAAUGCGAGUAAUGCACCAAGUUCCACAACAACAUCCACAACCUCCACAACAGCAUAGUUGCCGUUAAUUUUAGUUUAUAUGAACGUUAUUAUUGUUGGUGUUAUUAUUGUUAUUGCUGAGUUAAAUAUAGCUGCUAAUGCUGUUGUAGCUUUUGAAUAUACUACAAAGGAUAUAUUUCUGCUACAGUGGAGAAUGAUGCAUCAUGACACGCUUAAUGCUUUAUAUUUAAUAUAUAGAGUAGAUUUUACUUGUAAAAAGAAAAAAAUAUAAAAACAAAU